CGCCACCGUAAUAAUGUCGCUCAGAGCGAUCUGGCAGCAAUUCUUCCCAUCCAGAUCACCCGUCUUUACUGAAGCAGACCCUCCCGGAAGCCAAGUGGGCAAAGUAUUUAUCGUCACGGGUGCAAACUCAGGAAUCGGAAAAGAGCUCACUAAAUUCCUGUAUCCCACCGGCGCAACCAUCUAUCUUGCCAGUAGGUCCGAGGAGAGAAUCAGCGAGGCUAUUGCCGAGAUCGAGUCAGCAGCGUCCGCCCUAGGUACCAAGGGGAUUCUAAAAUCGCUCCAUGGGCUCGAUUUGAGCGAUCUUCAGACCGUGAAGCUAGCCUAUAAGAAGUUCGCAGCCCAGGAGAAGGAGCUACACAUCCUAUGGAACAAUGCGGCCAUGGGCUGUGUACCGGGGUCACCGACCCCACAGGGCCUUGAAGCGCAUAUGGGGGCGAAUGCAGUUGGUCCCUUCCUUUUUACUAGCUUGCUCGUGCCUUUUCUUCGAGCUGGGGCAAAGAACUCCGGCCGGCCGUCGCGCAUCGUCUGGACAGGAUCAGUCCAGAUCGAAAUGAGCGCACCGAUAGGCGGGGUUGGCUUUCCACGUCUUAAUGGCGGAAAGACCAUCACGCAGUAUGUCGACUACGCAGCGUCGAAAUGCGGCGAUCUCUUCCUCGCACAUGAAGGCGCCGUAAGAUGGGGAGACCAGGAAAUCAUCACCGUUUGCCAGAAUCCUGGGAAAUUGUACACCGGCAUUUAUGCUGGCGAAAAUUGGCUGUUUGUACUUUUCUUAAGAUGUUUCGUGCUCUAUCAAGCCAAAUAUGGUGCGUAUACAAUUAAUAAUGGCUGCUAUAUUUGGCCAUUCGGCGUCAUAAAGCCCAAUUCGCGGGAGGAUGUUUAUAAAGAAAUUUAUGAGGGAAAGGCGAAGCAGUUCUGGGAGUGGUGCGAAGAGAAAGUAAACCCAUUCAUGUAA